AUGACCAGCUGGACAGCCUCACAGUGGAUUCCCUGGAUGACUCUAAUCUCCACCUGGAUUGACGGCACAACCGCAGACCCCAGUCAGACGAUAUGUCCCGCCCCGCGCUGGCAAGUCGCUGAGGCCGAGUUCAUCCAGUGGCCCCAGUGUCCUGAGACGCGAUGGGAAGCGGAGCCGGCUACUCCUAUCCCCGCAGAACAACAACCGUUGCUGAAAGCGCCCGAGGAGACGCUCUCCGCCGUGUCUGUUUCCAUGGCUUCGUCCGAGAGCAGCGCACGGCCCGAUCACGAGCUUGAUACCGAGUCGCCGCUCGAUAAUGCGAAUUUCCUGUCAUUCGAGGAUUGGAAGAAGCAGAAUCUGGCGAAGGUUGGCCAGUCGGCGGAGAAUGUCGGCGGGCGCGGCGCUGCUGCUGCUGCUGCUGCUGCUGGGAAGGAAGGGCGGCGGCGUCCGACGGGGAUAAAUAAUGCGUUGGAUUCGCUGGGCGAGGAUGUCGAAAUUGAGUUGGAUUUCGGUGGCUUUGGGGCUGAUACGCCUGAGGCAGCGAAGCCGACAUCUUGGGGUGCGCGUGUGUCGACUGGGGUUACUGGUGGAGAGGCGGGUUCUGCUGGGGAUGUUGAUUCCCUGGCGCAUGGUGUGCCGCCGGCUGGGGGUGUAUCGCGGUCGAAAGAUGCGGGCACCACGUGUAAAGAAAGGUUCAACUAUGCAUCGUUUGAUUGCGCCGCGACGGUGCUGAAGACGAAUCCGGAGUGUACGGGGUCGUCGUCGGUGUUGAUUGAGAAUAAGGAUAGCUAUAUGCUCAAUGAGUGUCGGGCCAACAACAAGUUCUUGAUUCUGGAGCUGUGCGAUGAUAUCCUGGUCGAUACGGUGGUGUUGGCCAACUAUGAGUUUUUUAGCUCCAUCUUCCAUACCUUUCGCGUCAGCGUGUCGGAUCGGUAUCCGGCGAAAUUGGACCAGUGGCGCGAGCUGGGUGUCUACGAGGCGAGGAAUACGCGGGAGGUUCAGGCGUUUGCCGUGGAGAAUCCUCUUAUCUGGGCGCGGUAUGUCAAGAUUGAGUUUCUCACGCAUUAUGGGAAUGAGUUCUUUUGUCCGCUCAGUUUGAUUCGCGUGCAUGGGACGACGAUGUUGGAGGAGUAUAAACAUGAUGGUGAGGUUAGUCGGACAGACGAUGUGGUGGCCGAUGAAGAGCUUGAGCCUGCGCCGGUGGCUGCUGAGAUAGAGACGAUCCCUACGGUGGAUGUUGCAGCGGCAGCAGGCCCGAUUGAGCAGAAGGUGGACGAGCAGACGCCGGAGACUUGCCCUAACCCCGGACCGGUUGUUGAUGAGGCGGUCAUGAUGCAGCUUUGGGGGGUUCCUUGGACCUGUAGUAUUCAUGAUUCGCCAGCUGCUGGGGAUGAAGGGACACAGGCGUCUCUCAAUCGCCCGUCAGCUACUGAUGCUACUCCUCCCAAGGGCGACGACGCUGCGCCUCUUGGAACCGAAGCUCCGGUCAAGGAGGCAGGGGAGCAGAAAAUGACUGUUAGCCCGAAUGUUGACUCGGCCCCUUCGUCUGCUACCACGGCUGGUCCAGAGACUACAUCACAAGGUGAAGCCGAUAGCCGGUCUACUGGCUUCACUAAGGAGGAGCAAAGCGUCGCCGCGGAGACGACGCGGUCAACAGCGACACAGCCUCCUUCUGCGAACCCGACUACGCAAGAGUCAUUCUUCAAGUCUGUGAAUAAGCGACUACAAAUGCUGGAAUCCAACUCCAGUUUAUCCUUACUGUACAUCGAAGAGCAGUCGCGGAUAUUGCGUGACGCAUUCAAUAAAGUUGAGAAACGGCAGCUGGCCAAGACGUCCACGUUCCUGGAGCAGCUGAACGUGACGGUGCUUCAUGAAUUGAAGCAAUUCCGCGAGCAGUACGAUAACGUUUGGAAGAGCGUGGCGCUUGAGUUUGAGCACCAGCGCAUCCAGUACCAUCAAGAGGUGCAUUCGCUGAGCGCGCAGCUGGGCGUCCUUGCCGACGAACUGGUCUUCCAGAAGCGGGUGGCCGUCAUCCAGAGCAUCAUGAUCCUCUUCUGCUUUGGACUGGUGCUCUUUUCACGUGGUGCCGUCAGCAGCUACAUCGAGUUGCCCAGCAUGCAGAACAUGGUGUCGCGGUCGUACAGUCUGCGGUCGUCGUCACCUCCGUUUGGAUCGCCGUCCGUCAGCCCGACAUCGUCGGGUCGGCGCGCGGGCGGUCACCGACGCAACCUGUCUGAGGAUUCGCAGGAAGAUGGACCGAUUAGUCCCACGCUGGCAUACUCUCCACCGACGCCAGUCUCGGACGUGAUGAGCUCGUCGGAAGAAGCGGAGAACCAGAGGGGGAAUUCGCUGGCACUGCCGGAGGUGGCGCCACCAGUCCGAUCGCGCAGUAGUCCGCCUGACCUCAAGGGAGGCGAGGAGUCCAUUGAGGAAUCAUCUAGCUCGGGCGAUUCACCCGUGUCUCACGGACGGAAUGCCGCGAUCAACUCGAUGGAAUAUCAUCGUCAGGUGCUGCAGGGCAAGUUGGAGAAUGGCGAUAAGAACCAAGCAAGCUACGUCUCUCCCUCGGAUGAUAUCAUGAGUCCGUGCUCCAAGAAGUUGAGUGAUUUGAAGGGCAAGCGGUUUAAGAACCGAGUAGUCGAACAAUUCGUCGAAAAAGAAUGUAUCCCCUCUGAAGCCAUCUUCCGCGCCCAACUGGGCACCGGCUCCCAACGCUGGUCGACCUACCCAGCCAUCAUGGAGACCCUGAAACAGAAGGCGCGCGAACAAGGUCUCUGGAACAUGUUCCUGCCCAAGAACCACUUCGCGCAAGGGGCCGGGUUCAGCAACCUCGAGUACGGACUGAUGGCAGAGUACCUGGGCAAGAGCACGAUUGCAUCAGAGGCGACGAACAACGCCGCCCCGGACACAGGCAACAUGGAAGUCCUGGCGAAGUACGGCAACGAGCAGCAGAAAAAGCAGUGGUUGGAGCCGCUGCUUGAGGGCAAGAUCCGGUCUGCCUUCCUCAUGACGGAGCCGGAGGUCGCGAGCAGUGAUGCUACUAAUAUUCAGUUGGAUAUUAAGAGGGAGGGCGAUGAGUGGGUUUUGAAUGGAUCUAAAUGGUGGUCCUCCGGCGCCGGAGACCCCCGCUGCGCCAUCUACCUGGUAAUGGGCAAGACAGACCCCACGAACCCAGACCCCUACAAACAACAAUCCGUGAUCCUCGUCCCAGCACACAACACCCCCGGCAUCACCGUCCACCGCAUGCUUACCGUCUACGGGUACGACGACGCGCCGCACGGCCACGGCCACAUCACAUUCAAGAACGUGCGCGUGCCCGUCUCCAACAUCGUCCUCGGCGAAGGCCGCGGCUUCGAAAUCAUCCAAGGCCGACUCGGCCCCGGCCGCAUCCACCACGCCAUGCGCACCAUCGGAGCGGCCGAAAAGGCCCUCGAAUGGAUGAUCGCGCGCAUCAACGACGAACGCAAGAAGCCCUUCGGACAGAGCCUCUCCUCGCACGGGGUGAUUCUGGAGUGGGUAGCCAAGUCACGGAUUGAGAUUGAUGCUGCGCGGUUGAUUGUGUUGAACGCGGCGAUUAAGAUCGAUCAGGGGGAUGCGAAGAGCGCGUUGAAGGAGAUUGCGCAGGCGAAGGUCAUGGUGCCGAGUAUGGCGUGCGGGGUUAUUGAUCGUGCGGUGCAGGCGUAUGGCGCUAUGGGCGUGUGUCAGGAUACGCCGUUGGCGUAUAUGUGGGCUUGGGUGCGGACGUUGAGGAUUGCGGAUGGGCCCGAUGAGGUGCAUUUGUUGCAGAUGGGCAGGAGGGAGAAUAAGAGUCGGAAGGAGGAGGUGAGGAGGAAGUUGAAGUGGCAGGCGGAGGAGACGGAGAAGUUGUUGGGUGUUACUGCUGGGGGAAGGAGUCGGUUGUAA